UCAAAAGCAAGCCACACAGUCGAGUGAGAGCCCCAUUUACAGCCCGGUUCAUGUGCUGUCAAAUAGGAUAUUCAGAUAGGAUAAUCAGUGCUUCCCUGUUUCAACAACAUGAUCCAAACGCUGUGGUUCCUCUUUCUUCUGACUGUGGUUCAAUGUUUGAAUCAGGAGGAAAUCGUUACAGAAGGGAAGUCUGUAACUGUUAAGUGUUUUUCAACCAAGUCAUCCUUAGACAGUGGCGUAUACUGGUUUCAACAGACAGAAGGGCGGGAUGCAAAAUUUUUGGUUUUCACUUCCAGUAUUGGAACAGAAAGAAAUAAAAAAGAUAACCGUUUCAAAUCCUCAAGAAGUGGGCAGGGUUACAGUUUAACAUUCACGUUCAAAAAGGACGAUGCUGGGAUAUACUACUGUUUCCAGGUAUCCAAUAAUAACAUGGAAUUCGGAACCAGCACAAAGAUUUCAGUGAAAAAAGCACCACAGCCUGCUACAACUACAAAAGCGCCUGCCAAUGCAACAACCCAACCUGCCACUGCGAGAAACCCGCCGUGUACCUGUCCAGCGAGAGGUAAACCGAGAGAUACCAGACUGACCUGCGAUGUGUUUAUCUGGGCUCCUCUGUCUGGCGCAGCCGGUUUGCUCCUGGUAAUCCUGGUCAUCACCAUCAUCAUGUGCAGCAAAGUCAGGACGAGGCGAUGCCCUCAUCACUACAAGAAAAGACCACUGAAGGAUAGGAGUGGAAGACCCUCGGUACCAGACAGAUAUGUUUAACACUGAGAUCCAGCAUUGGCACAGAGAUCACUGGAUUUACUGAGUUUGUGAAAGCGAUAAUGCUGAGAAGUUCUUUGUACAUUUUGCAUGCUCUCGUCUAGAUACACUUCUUUUAUAAGCAUGAAUACUAUUCGCUCAAAAUGUUUUGGUAUACACUUCUGUGUGCAUGGAAAAACACACAUUGGUAAGAUUUUAUAAUGUAAAUUAAUUUAAAUUAAUAAAAUAGUUUUCAGAUGAGGGCUUCAUUAGAGCUGUAUAGAUAUACUACUGCUGUAAAUGACACAUAUUGGCUUGAAAUUGAUAAAAUGUACAGUGCAUUUUCACCAGGAAAGGAAAGUAAUAGAUUUCUUGACUGAUACAAUUAACAAACAGUGCUACAGUGCGUGCAUGAAGUACCUUCAUUGAUAUUGAGUUCAUAACUAGCAAACAAUUAUAUAGGUACCUUGAUGUAAAUACUCUGAAACAGCCACACAAACAUAGUAAUGCAAAUAUUUUCAUGAAUGUGUUGUAGGGCUACAGCUUUCUUUUAUGAUUAAUUUGUAUGUAACAAUACCAUGCUCCAGUCCAGUGUUGUAUAGUGUGUAUUAUAUUGCAAACGCAUCAUCUUUUAACAUUGUGUACAUGUGCAUAUACUCUGCUUGUUAAUGUGUACAAUUACUACUGCUGAAAAUAAACACAUACUUUACCAAGAACAAA